ACCAAAGUGAAACCUAGAACACCAAUGGCGAUUUAACUAAAGUUGGAAGAAAUCAAACAAAUAUCACUCAUUUGAAGAGUAAUGGAACAGGUUCAUGGGACACAUAACGAAUCCAAAUUUAAAUCUAAAGAUAUCAUUAGUACCAUGCCGGAAAAUGUGAUCACUAAUAUUCUCAACCGUUUGCCAUUGGGAGAUGCCUUGGCGACUGCCCUUUUGGCCAGAAACUGGAGGCUUAAGUGGACUUUGCUCACCGAACUCGUAUUUGACAAGGAAUUCUUUGAUUUGGUAGACGAGUUUAAAGAGGAAUAUGAUUGGACGAUUAUAAGUAGCCUUUUACUUCAUAUUAAAGGCCCCGUAACAAAGUUUGUCCUCUAUGUACCAUGUGACAACAAAUCGGACCUUAAGGAUAUAAUUCACUGGGUUCUGUUUUUAUCCAAAAGAGGAAUGAAUGAGUUCACUCUUAUAAAUAUGCAUCGAGAUAAACUUAAGUUGCCCAGCCAUCUUUUAUCUUGUCUAGAGUUGAAACAUCUGAAACUCUGUAACUGUUGUCUUAAUCAAGCACCUAGCUUUUGUGGUUUUCCGAAUUUACUCAGCCUAGACUUGUAUCGGGUAACAAUUGAAGGCGAGAAUUGUGGCAAGUUUAUCACUCAAUGCCCAUUACUCGAGAUGCUAGAAAUUAGUUAUCACGAUCCUACUAGGAAAGUGAAACUAGUUGAGAUUGCAAAACUUGGAAAUCUCAUAAAGUUAUCUUUGCCAUUGUGUAAGCUUGAUGAUAUAGCGAUCACAAGUUCCAGUAUCUUUCAGCUUGGGACGUAUCUUCCUAAACUUCAAGAGCUUUUUCUGGAUUUUCGAAAUCACAAGUUCAUUGGAGAAGUUAGUGCUAGAAAGUGGGGGUGUACCUUCUUCCCCUGCCUCAAGAGUCUUACAUUACACCCAAUUGAUUUUAACAGUGAUACUAUGUUAUCAUGUUUGUUUGAAAUGAUCCAGGGCUCCCCAAAUUUGCAGAUCUUAAAUAUCAAAGCUGCAUACGAUGGUGUCAUUCCACCACCUGCAUUUUCUUUCCCAAAGGUAGACAAUAACACAAUGGGACCGCUACAACUACAGCAUGUGGUGUUUUCUUCGUUUAGAGGUUCAGAGAAUGAGGUAUAUUUGAUAAAGUAUUUACUUGGCUCUUCACCUUUGCUAAAGAAGAUGGUUAUUCAACCACACUCAGAUGCAGUGUUUGGCGGUGCUAAUGGUACGUUUAUGUUUGCUAGGAAGUUGUUGAAGCUCCAUCGAGCCUCCACCAUAGCCGAAGUAGACCUCUACUAGUUUUUCAGUCUUUUGAACAGCAUCAUCCAUUUUCUGUAGUUUGGUAUAAAUUUGGUUAAUUUUUUGGCAGUCGCAGGACUCCAAUGUAAUCUAUGUGAAGCUACUGUUUCACCUAUGGGUGAUGGUUUAUGUUUCGUCUCCUAGGUCGGCCUAAUGUUUUGAAACAGCAUAACAAGUAAUGAAAAUUCAGUUUCUAGUA